GUCCCAUAGUGCACCGGGCGUCCACCCCCAUCAGUGCGUUCCCUCUUCUCGCAGCCUGAGUUUCUGUCUAUCGGUGUUGUUGUUGAUGCGAUGAUGGCGGCAGCGGGAUGCGGAUCAGCAACCGCGGCUGCCGUUGUGGGCGCGGCGCGGGGUCGCUUCCCCGGUCGGCCUUGGUCGUCGCGGAGCCGUUUGCGUUCGGAGAAGCGAUGGCAGCUCGGCCGCUCAGGGACAGAUCUUGACGAGAUCUCCUCCAACGGAGGCCCGAGGCCCACCUGCCUGGUGCUCGCGCUGAACGAGGACCAGUCUCACUUGCGCCUUCUCGGGCUUGAGGAGAGCUACAAGAGCCUGGGAGAGGCUGGAUACAGCUCGAGUGGGAGCGAAGAGGGAGCUGAAUUCAAAGGCUUUGAAGUUCGAGAUGAAAAUAGCAGUGCCCCGGUUCGUGCUGGACGAAAAUCAUGUAAACGUGAUCGUGUUUCAGCAAAGUCGUCAAAGAGGAUACGUCAAAGACGGGCUCUUCCAGUGUCCCCUUUAGUGGGAAGCACAGGUUCACAAGAUCCUCAAAAUGAUUCAGGUUGUGUUCAGCAACUCCACAGUCAAGAGUCUCUGAAGGACAUAUCAGUAGAUGAUGGUGGUGGUGGUGGUGGUGAUGGAGGAUCAGAGAAGCGCACCAGGAGAAAAAGAGGAUUGACAAAACAGAAGACCCAGUCGACUCCGAGAAUCACAAUCAAGUUGGUGGCUAAAAAGAAAGUGGUUACAGUCCCGUCAGUGCAAUGUAAAUCUGGUAAAAAACAAAAGGAAAUCAAAUCUGAAGUUACAGAGAGUCAGUGUGCCCAAAUCUCAAGUGCUCAUGUGAAAUUAAAGACAAAUGUAGCAGCCGGUGAAUGCAGUGCUGGUGAGGCAAAGGAGGAGGUUUGCACUAGAAGGCGAGGAAGAUCUGCUGACAAAAAAUCAGAAUCCACUCCACAAACAAAUCCUGAAAAAGAGGGCAAUGAGCAAAAACUGAAGCUGAGGAAAUCAACUCGAAGGUCUCAAAAUCCACUGCCCAGUGAAAGUAUAGAGCCAAAACCUGAUGAAAAGUCAGCAAUAGAAGCAUCAGAGGUAAAUAAGCUUGUGAUUAUGAGGCAGCGCAGAAGGUCCUCAAAUGUUCCACAGGAAUCUCGUGACCAGAGUUUAGUAGAGUCGCUGUUGGAGGUCUCCACAAUUGAUGAAUCCAGGCCACUUUCAAAGAAGAAAAAAGAUAAAAAGAAGAAGAAAAAUCGCAAAGAAUCUGAAAGGAAACAAGAGCCUCAUUCACCAUCAGCAAAAGAUCUUGGCCCUUCAGCUGAUGAUCCUCAAAAGCUCGCUUUCGACAAUGAUUUUGUCGGAAUUCCAGGUCUAAAACUAACCAGGAUACGAAACCCAAAAGCCCGGUCUCGCAAGAAACGCUGCAAGUUUGUGUGGACUCUCACUCUGGUGAAAAGCAAAAGCAAAGAUUCCCAAAUCCAAGAGAAUCUAAGUAAUACUCAAGAAAGCAAAAGCAAAGAUUCCCAAGUCCAAGAUGAUCUCGGCAAAACACAAGAAAUCAAAAGCCAAGAUUCUCAAAUCCAAGAGAGUCCAAGCAAAGUAGACGAAAGCCCCAGUACAGAGGCAGAACUUCCUCCUAAAUGUGACGAGGAAGUAGAUGUUUCUACAGAAGCAGAAUCCACAUCCACUCCUUCCAACAUUUUGGAAACUGGCUCUUCGCAGGAGUCACAAAACGUAGAGAACACUGUCGGUGCUGUAAUUCCCGAAAGCACAGAGAACCCCGUGGCCAUUGAGAAGGUUGAGGAAACCCCAGAAAAGGAAAGCGAGGGGGUUCUUGAAAGGUCAGAAAUUGCAACAGAAGCACAUCCAGAAGAGGCCACUCAGACGGACCCUGAAGAUCUGAUCAGUAAGGAUACUGUUCCACCACUUCAAAUCAAAGUUGUCUCCUCACCAGGUAAAAAAAACAGUCUAAAGCAGUCCUUUUUAAUUCAGCAAGUCACAACCUCACCUGAAAGAAAAGAGCCCUCAAAAGUUGAAGACCCUCAGCAUUCAGAGAAGAGUGAGAAUGUGUUGGAAAUUACUGCUGCCACUGCCACCCCACAAGUAAGGAAAAGGCAACAUCAAAACACUGCUCGGAAGAAGCGUGCAAAACAUAAACACUGGACAAUUUACAGGCGAAAAUGUAAAUUGAAUGCAUCUCAAGAAAACCCCACUUCUGAAACUGAAACCGAAUCUCAGGUGGAGGAAUCACCAGUAUCACCAACAGCAGUCCCAGCACCUGUAGAAUCCAAACCAAAUAGGCAUUCAAGUGAAGUUAUGCAUAAAAUAGGUAAAAGGUCAGUUCCACCAACUACAGAACCAUUACCUGAAGCCGCCAAACCUCAGGUCAUCGAACAAAGUGUUGAAUCACCUCCAACCAACCCAUUUCUUGGGACAGAACCCCAGCCAGAAAUAAAACUUGAGGCACCAUCGAUUGAAACUGAAGAGGUUCUAGUAUUAGAGCCUUCCGUAAAAGAUCACCCACAGGUGCUUCGUCCUUCUCGCAGACGAAUGAAACGGGUCAAACGAAGACGAAAAUCUUUGAUUGGCCGGCGGAUUAAAAACUCAAAAUUGCAAAAGAAGGAGUUGUUUGAGGUUAGUGAAGAUUUCCCACCGAUAACGAGUAGUAGAAAGUCUUCUUCUGAAGUAGAAGAGCCUAAACUCUUUGGUAUAUUCUCAACAAAGUACAAGAGGAAACGAAUAUCGAGUCUUCAGUCAUUAGAGGGUAGACGGAAAAAGGCCAAGCUCUUAUCAAAGCAGCUGGAUAACACCAACGGAGAUCAGCUUUCCGAUCAGACAGAAAGGGAUUCUGUGAUUGUGAAAACUGACCAAGAUCAGGACAUCCAACAAAGCAAAACGAAGUUCAUGAAAACCAUUAGACAUUUCAUAAUGCCAGUCGUGAGCGCCCGAUCCUCUCGGGUUAUCAAAACGCCAAAGAGGUUCAUGGAUGAUCUUGGUAUGUCAGACCUUCCUCGCAAGAACUCCCAAAAGAAGCUUGGCCUACAACCAAAAUCAAAGAAGCGUGAUUCUAGUGAAAAAGGUGAACCUGAAUCCUUUCAGUCUAAGGAUGAAGAUAACGGUCUGAGUGAAGCUGAUCUUGAUUUGACUUCCACUUGGGAAUCAAAACCUAAAUCACCCGAUGACACUGAGAUCUUCAGUGAGGAGAAGCAGCCUGGGAAAAGACGAUCGCUACUCAGAGAUCCCGGUUUCAAAUGGGGAGUGCUAGAGCCUGCCAGUGACGACGUGUAUGCCUUCAAUGAAGAUCUUGACAAGGAGUUGGAUACCUUGCUAUCUGCCAAAGAUUUUACAGUGGACCAGUUUCUUGAUCCCAUCCAAAAGAAGAAAAAGUCCACCAAAUUCAAAGCGCAAUCAUCAAAAUUGAGGUUAUACAAAAAGCUUAAACUCAAACAGAGUCUGGCAAGGCGUAAAAAGGCCCCAAAGGACAAAAUGGUUCAAGUUGUAUCAUCCCCUGCUAAGACACAGAAGGAGGAGUUGGAAGAAGGUGCCAGUCUAAUAAAGUCUCUCAAAGACAUGAAGAAGGAAAAAGCAAAACUCAAGAUUGAGGAUCUCAACACCCCUGGGGUUGUUCGCAAAGUCUCCAUCUGUGUCCGAGCUCUGAGUGCCAAGCUGCUGGCGCAACACCAGGCGAAACACAUCCAAGAGGAUGACCUGCCAGAUGAGUUCUCCAUUCAUACAGACAUCUCACUUCCAAACAAAUGCAAAGACUUUGAUGAGAUGCAUCACGCAGAUUCAGAAGGGCCGGUUUCUGAGGGCUCUCCGAAACAUGCCGUUGACGUUGAGGAGAAAACUGCCAUUCAGCAUCCUCGCCUUACAGGAGCCAACAAGCGCAUGUUCAACCUCCUCAAGAAAGCCAAGGUUCAGCUCAUCAAAAUAGACCAGCAGAAACAGCUGAAAUCAUCUGGGCUCUUGCCAAUGGGUAGAAUCACUGCAACAAAGAGACCGAGACGAAAACCGAAAGAGCGGCUUGAAAAUGCCUGUCCCAACAAGACUGAAGCUUCUCCAGAGCAGGAACCUGCCAGAGGAGGGCCUCGCAUUAAGCAUGUAUGCAGAGCUGCAGCUGUGGUUUUGGGUCAGCCUCGUGCCAUGGUCCCCGACGACAUCCCCCGACUCAGUGCACUACCCCUGCACGAGAGAUCAGAUAUAUCCCCUUCACCUGCAGAAAAAGGAGUUGAGUCUCACUCUGACCCAGAAAGCCCUGUAUUACAAGAUCACAGGACACCCAAGUUUCGCCGUGGUAGGGCUCACUUGUUUGGGAACCGGUCCCGACGGUGUGGGGAGUGUAAAGGUUGUCUGCAUGAGGAGGACUGUGGCAGGUGCAUAAACUGCUUGGACAAACCCAAGUUUGGCGGCCCCAACACAAAACGGCAGUGCUGCAUAUACAAGAGAUGUGAUCAGGUUGAGGAAAGGAAGGCCUUGAGACUAAGUGGCAAGCUCCAAAAAGGGCAUGUGAAGAAGCGGCGCUCAUCGAUAAGUGCGGGGCACUCAAGUAAUGAGGAAUGUGAGGGCAGUGAUGGGAUCGGGCAAAUGUUUCCAGCCUCUCUAGGUGACAGUCCGUCUGUGCGGAAACAGCCCCGCCGACACGUAAAGCCACGUUCCUACUGCGACCUGCUGGAUUACGACUCUGACUUUGACUGGAUAGGAGGAUCAAAUUCCACCUCCCCAGCCCGCAGAAGAACUCCUGGCCUUCGCAACUCAGAUUUUGUGUCAUUCGACGACUUCAUUGGCGAUGCUUUUGAUGAGGGAGUGCGGCAUCGCAGACCAAGCUUCCACAAGGUUCCACCCAUUAAACGGAAAGUUGAGAAGAGCCCUCAGGAACAGACGCCGCCCAGCAUCCUUGCAGCCCUCGCCAAUGGUUUUGCAGAGAGAGAACAGGAGCCCGCAGAGCCCACACACAAGAUCCGUGUUGAUUUUAAGGAGGACUGUAGUGUGCAGAGCGUGUGGGCGACAGGAGGUCUGAGCAUCCUUACUUCUGUACCCCUCGUACCCCAGUAUGUCUGCCUGCUGUGUGCCAGUAAAGGCCAACAUGAGAUGCUGUAUUGUCAGGUCUGCUGUGAGCCUUUCCAUCGCUUCUGCUUGGACCCUUCAGAGCGCCCACUGGAGGAGAACAAGGAGAACUGGUGCUGUCGGCGCUGCAAGUUCUGCCGAGUUUGUGGAUGCAAGAAUAAAGAAUCCAAGCCUCUGCUGGAGUGUGAAAGGUGUCAGAAUUGUUAUCAUCCUGCCUGUCUGGGUCCCAACUACCCCAAACCCAACAAACGUAAGAAGCCUUGGGUUUGUAUGACAUGCAUCCGGUGCAAGAGUUGUGGUGUGACCCCAGGAAAGAGCUGGGACACCGAGUGGAAUCAUGACAAGGGUCUGUGUCCUGACUGCACUAGGUUGUUUGAUCAAGGUAACUACUGCACCAUGUGCUUCAAGUGUUAUGAAGAUAAUGACUAUGAUAGCCAGAUGAUGCAGUGCUCCACAUGUAACCACUGGGUCCAUGCUAAAUGUGAAGGCCUCACAGAUGACUUGUAUGAAAUCUUGUCGAGUCUGCCUGAGAGUGUGGUGUACUCCUGUCAGCCGUGCUUACAAGAGCAGCCUGAUGGAGAGGACGUUAAUGGAGCAAGUUGGAGGGAACUGCUCGACCACGAGCUGAAGACCGGUUUAGAGAGGGUGCUGUCUUGCCUGCUGAGUUCCAGCCUCACUAAGCACCUGGUCACCUGCAAGAAGUGCACUACAGUGGGUUCCCUGAACACUGUGGAUGAAAAUUUGCCUGUCUGUGACUUCAGUGCUAUUGGAAAGAAGUUUGAUGAAGGCCUGUACACAUCCUUGAAAUCCUUUCAUGAGGAUGUGGUGAAAGUAAUUCGCAAUUACUUGGAAGAUGAGGAAUUUUUACCGGAGGACCAAAGACCCACUGCCCUUUCCCGCUCGUAUUACCUGAAGCUCUUAGAGGAAGUUUAUGCAUGGUUUAACAGUCAGGACCCUAAAAUAUGGGAUCCACGCUCCAAACAUCUGCCAGCCGGUAUGCUUUCACAUGCUGUGAUGCCACCAAAUUAUGAACAUGUUUAUGCUCAAUGGCGUGAGAGAGAUGGAUGUCAUAAGGCUUUAGACGGCGCCCCACAGAUGACUGGAAGAAACAUGGACGUUAAAUUGAGAGAAGAAGAGGAUGUGUCCACACCUUUAGCUUAUAACCUUAAAGGAUACUUUAUGGACACAAGGGCGUUACAAAUGAAUCUGAAAGGGAAGAAGCGUCGGCCUGCUAAAUCCGACCUGGACACAGGUUUGGACGACGAGAGACAGUGCGCUCUGUGCCAAAAAUACGGUGAUGCAAAGGCCAGUGAUGCAGGGAGGUUGCUCUAUCUAGGGCAGAAUGAAUGGGCUCAUGUAAAUUGCACCAUGUGGUCUGCAGAGGUGUUUGAGGAGGACAAUGGCUCACUUCUGCAUGUUCACAGUGCUGUUGCACGAGGUCGUCUGAUGCGCUGUGAACGGUGUAACGGAACUGGGGCAACAGUAGGUUGCUGCCUUACUUCGUGCCAGAGCAACUACCACUUCAUGUGCGCCCGCUUUCGCAACUGUGUCUUCCAGAAUGAUAAAAGAGUUUUCUGUCACAAGCAUCGUGACCUUAUAAGUGGAAAAAUCAUCACUGGUCAAGGGUUUGAAGUACUUCGGAGAGUUUAUGUGGAUUUUGAAGGGAUUAGUUUUCGCAGAAAGUUUUUGACUGGAUUGGAGCCGGAGUCAAUCAAUUUAAUGAUAGGUUCUUUGCUAGUAAAAAAGCUUGGAAAGCUGAGUGAAUUAUCUGCCUGUCAUGGAAAACUUUUCCCCGUGGGUUAUGAAUGCUCUCGCUGGUAUUGGAGUACUGUAAACCCCUUACGUCGAUGCAAAUACACAUUUCGUGUUAGGGAGGUUCAGCCAACUGUUCAGGAAAAACCAGUGGAAGAGUCGCCCGAUCAGGGAAAAAAUUGCACAAUUGCCCAUAGCCCAUGGCCCCAGUCAGAAUCUGAAGCCCCGGGAGUGGAUUUGUCUUCAACUAAUCCUUCCACUGAAACAAAUUCCACCUCGGUAUCUGUCUUUGCCAAACCGGACCUUGGUGCUCGUCCCAAAAUCCCUUUAUACCCCCAGAACAGAAGACCUGCUGGAGGACUAUCCAGACCACUGCCUUCUCCAGGAGCUGCCCCAUCCAAACCUCACCACAUUCUGACUAUUAGUGAUUUGGAUGACACUCGAAGGCCACGACGGCAUAGCCCACACACCCAGAAUAGUGGUACCCGCAGUCACAUGACCUCCCCUACUCUUGGAUCCCCUGCAGCCCCAAUUGCAUCUAGAGCAGGUGGUUCCCACCACCCUAAAACCUCCCAGCCUACCUCCCCAGUUUUCCCCCUUGGUGCUACUGAAAACCUGCUGACCUCUUCAUCAGCUCGUCCUGUCGGUCGAAGUGCUUCCUCAGUCCGGGGUUCUGGGAUAUUGACACCCCAUUCUACCUCAGGACUAUUUUCACAGUCCACAAGGCAAGGUGGCAUUGGCAGCACCCCUUGCACCAACCGAUCCCUCACCUCUCCCACCCACCUCUCCACAAGACCAAGGCCUUUUGAUUUUAAUCAGAUAGACUCUGUUGAACUUCCACAUAAUUUUAUAGCAUCACCACGGGAGCAUCCAGCAGGAAAUGGUGCCUUGCCAUUAGGAGACACUUUGGGUACACAAAAAGGUAAUCAUCUAGGCAGUGACAGGGAUUUCCCUUACACAUCCUUCCACUUAGAAGCGGACCUGACUGUGGCACCUGAGCUGAGAACUGAGCUUGAAAUUGAAGAAACCGAGCUGAAUGAAGGUGUAGCUAUGAACUGCAGUGCGCAAAUUGUAGUUGAAGGUGAAGACAACCAGGAAGACUUCUGGGAACCAGAUGAAGAGAACUCCACAAUGUCUACCCAGAGAUUGUCUUGUACUGUUGAUCCUUGUAGGGAAGACUGGGGUAAUAGUUCUUCUGAUGAGGACAUGGAAAACUACAUCAACUUCACUCGCACGGUGGUUACUUGCAAGGCUCAAAGGGAUGCCUCUCAGACAUCUACAUCUCCAUCUCCAUCUUUAAGGCAGAUUUCACAACUUGAUGGUGUGGAUGAUGGGACAGAGAGUGAUACAAGUGUGGCUAAAAAUGAUAACCAGGGUGUGAAAUUGUCAAAUCAAGGCCAAAAGCCACACAAACCGCUCAACGCUGUGCCUCAUGAACAGACCGCUAGCAAUAGGCUAUGUUUGGCAUUUCCAAGUCCUGUUUCUGAUAUUUCUUCAAUUCGGUUGGAACCCGUGUCCAACUCGGAGGCUGUUGCUUAUCAAGAUUCUUUUGGUGUAACUCAAACAUUGCAAUCAAACCCUAUGGUGGUUGUACACACACAAGACACACUGACUAAUUUUGUUGACCUAAAGCCUUCAAACCCUGCAUUUUCUACAUAUGGUAAUGAUUACCAAGCCCCUCAUUUAAUAAUAGAACCAGAGACACCCUUAAUUCUUGAGAGAUGUGAUCCUCUUUCACCAAAUGCACAUUUUACAGAGUUGGUCCCAGUCCAGGAUUCCCUGAGUGACCCACCUGACUCUAAAGAAUGGUAUUUGGAUCCUAGUAGUGGCCACUUUGUGUCAUCUAUGGCUGACUCUAGAGUUUACCAAAACAACCACUUGCAAGAUGAUUCUCCUGACCUAAUGGAAGUUAAUGGAAUUCAGAAUCUACAGCAACAAAAUCCUGUUCCUUUCACGGUGUUAUCCAAAUCUGCAUCAUCUUCUGAACUUUUAUCUUCUGAUUCCUCUGCACAUGUUUCUUUUGCAACAUUCCCAAAUCAGACACCUUCUGCAAAUGUUUCCUUGUUCCCUGUCCAAACUCCUGAGGGUAAGACGGUCUUGCCACCCAUGGAGAGUUUCAGAACCAAAUUACACCCAACUGCUGAACCAAGGCAUCCUGUCCCUUCAGUUCCUGGAGGGGCAAUGCCAUGUGUUCCCACAAAUUUGCCACAGAAACCAGAGUCUAUGCUGACUGUACCAUCAGCCACUGGGGUACCCCUUGGGACUUAUGGGCCAGUUUCAGGUACAGUGUCUGUCCCGUUGCAUCCCACUUACCUGCAGCCUAUCGGCUCUACAACAGUUGGCAUAGUCUCCACCUCCUCCUCUGUAACUUCUCAACCAUCAGCUCAGUGCCAAGCAAUGCCUUCUGCUAUUCAGCCAGCCUCUGCUCCAGGUGUCAUCAAUGGGUACAACACCACACCUAUGCAAAGAGAAACAGCUCUAGGACGAACAAUUUCCAUCAAUUUUUCAACCCCCAGAUCAACAAUUGAACCCCAACAACAGUUGGUUACCCAAGCAUUACCAGGUCAUGCUAUUCUUACCGUAAAGGAGGUUGGUGGACCCAAUGUGGAUCCUACACCACAUGUUUUACUUGUUAAUCGUCUUGGUCAGAUUUUUGUCAAAAACCCUGAAAGCGACACCUUCCAGCUGCCGACACCAAAUUCCCCUUCAUAUAACUGUGUUACUCAAAUCGCCAGCCUCUUGCAAAGCAAUGCCUUAUCGGCAACACUUGCAGCAGCUGGGAACUUGACCCCAGUUGCAGGUGCCACCAUUCCAACCCAAGUCCCCCAAAUUGUGACCCCAUUGGUACAGACCUCCAACACCAUUACACAGCUGCUUACCACUAGUACUAAUGGAGCAGCUUCAAUACCAGCAGAUGUUAAAAAGCCACAUAGGAAUGCCAAAGAUUCUGGAGAUAGAUUGAAAAAACCAAGGAAUAAGAAGGAGUGUUCCACACCUAGAAGGACGAAGUCUGCUAGCACACAUGGCCCUUCUAGCAAACAAUCUACGAGUCAAAUAGCAACCUCCUCAGAUAUAUCUAAUCAAGCAGAUUGUGCCCAAGCUAUCAUCAACCAAGCUAUGGCUGGAUAUUAUGAUCCCAACAAGACUGUUUCCCUAAUUCCCUCAUCACCUCGUAACAGUACCAUUAUUGGGCGAACUCAGACAACAAGUUCAGUAGUUUUACCAGAAGGACUCCUUGUCGAACCAGAGAUGAAGGCUUCCCCACCAGCGACACCAGAAGCAGCACCUCGACCAAAACAGGUUCGAAUGAAAAGAGUGUCCUCUUUAUCUGACCGUUUUGCCACCAAGAAAUCAAAAUCUGACUUUUUAGACCUGGACCGCCCUAGUGGAUUGGAAGAACCACGCAAGUCAAACUCCGUAUCAGCCAGGUAUGGAGUUCGCAUUAAAACCCCAACCGUCAAGGGAAUUCUAGACUGUGACAAGCUGAAUGAAGAGCGAAGUAGUGACUCUGAGAGUGCAAGGCCUGGACCUUGGGAUCGUCUUUCGUUGCCUCGUGGUGGAGACAGCAACAAGCCAGCAACCUGGGAUCCUGCUAACCGUAAUGCACUGUCUGACUGGAACAAAUACUCAGGGAUGCUGUCCUGUUCAGAUGAUGAGAUGCCUCUCUUGGAUGGUGAAGAGCAUAGUCCUCCCAGCCGGAAGUCUACCUUUGAUAUGUUCAACUUCCUGGCGUCACAGCAUAGACAGCUUCCUGACACCGACCUGUAUGAUGAGGAGGAGGAUGAGGUUCUUCUAAAAUCCACCAGGCGUGCAACAAGUUUGGAGCUUCCGAUGGCAAUGCGCUUUAGACAUCUAGAGAAGACAUCCAAGGAAGCGGUUGGUGUCUACAGGUCUGCGAUUCAUGGAAGAGGUCUGUUCUGCAAGCGAAACAUCGAGGCAGGAGAGAUGGUCAUUGAGUAUUCAGGCAUCGUCAUUCGUUCUGUUCUUACAGACAAGCGAGAGAAGUAUUAUGAUGGCAAGGGCAUUGGUUGCUAUAUGUUCCGCAUCGACGACUUUGACGUGGUAGACGCCACGAUGCACGGUAACGCGGCGCGGUUCAUCAACCACUCCUGUGAGCCAAACUGCUACUCUCGAGUCAUCAACGUGGAGGGUCAGAAGCACAUAGUCAUUUUCGCUUUGCGGAAAAUCUACCGUGGAGAGGAGCUGACCUAUGACUACAAGUUCCCCAUAGAAGAUGCCAGCAACAAGCUCGGCUGCAACUGUGGUGCUAAGCGCUGUCGGCGCUUCUUAAACUGAAGAGCAGUGCUGGAGAAGUCGAUGGAGUUUGACGGGUAAAAACGGUGGACCGAGGCUUGACGUGUAAAGGGGGUCCAUGCCGAAGGUUUCAAAGCUUAACAGUCACCACUUUAAUGUCAAAGUCGUUCAACAGGCAUAUACAAGCGCCACCAACUGUUGUGGAGCCAUUCACGCCCUUCAACCAGGAUUCCUCCCGAUCAGUUGACAUUCAGUCCAGUAGAGCAGAUGAGAUGGGAGCAUGAGUGAUGAUGUCUGGUAACACGGCCAAGGCCUUUUCAAGAACAUUUCCCACCAUGCUGCAUCAUCUUUGCUUUAUUAAAAGUUUUAUCGGAAUAUUAGUGGGUUUUGAAAUGAGUCUUGGUUUCGGUCAUAGCAUUUUUUUUUUUAAACCUGGCACGAAUAACUCUAGGCAGAGUCCUUGUAUAUUUUGCAACAAAAUUGUGACUACUCUUAAAUUAUUUCCGCAGGCUUUUUUAUGCUUUCCAAAAGCUGGAACACGCUGCCAAGAGUUUGGGCGUUCUGUUGCAAUGAAUAACCUUUAAGUUCCAAACAACCUCCCUCUUUCUCCACCCUUGAGCUGACCUCAAAUUGCUGGAUUCUUACGAUCUAAACAAAAUCACCUCUGUGCUUGAGAAGCAUUUUACUGUGCGGACCACAUAGUGUGUGAAAGCUUAGCGGCAGUGAAGAUACUGUAAAAACAUGCAUAUUACUAAUGAAAUGAUGUGAACGUAUUCAGAUCUGUAUCUUGUCAAUCUUAUUUUAGAUCACACUUUCGUGUUUAGCUUAGAAAGACUCCCACUUCUCAGGACAACACUGUAAACCCCUCAGAACGACCCAUGGAUCCACUCCUUGCAAAUGGCAGUCAGUAAGAGACGCAGUCAGUGCGUUUUACACUUGUCUGUGACCGCUUUCUUUCGCUUGAAAACUCUUUUAAUCUACUCAAAGGCUUUAUUUUUAAUAAUUUAUUUUCGUUGUAUUUUUACAGGCAGGUCUGACUUUUCAUUCUGUUUUUGUGGGCUUGUUCUGUGGUGUAACUGUAUAAGCGUUUUUUUAAACUUGAUGGCCUCCUCCAUGGUGCUAAGCCCAACAUGAAUCCUAAAGAGGAUCAAAUCCAUACUUCCUCUGUUUCAUGUCAUGUCAGAGAUCCGAUGCGAGCUGGAGUUGAUGCACCCCGUUACUAAAAUAGCAAAGCCAACCAUACACGCUUUCCAACAAUGAGCCCAUAAAUGUCAAAGAUGUGUUGAAAUUCGGAGUACUCAUAAGUGGCAACGCUUUAGCAUGUUUGUGCUUUUUAUACCUCUUGAGAGACUUGUUUCGAAACAAAAUCAUGCCUGAGUGGAUAUUUGUGUUUCUUUUCGUCAUGUAGUAGAAGACACUACUUAAGCUAAUCGUGACUAAACGCAUCCUCAUUGCGUCAAGGUGUGAUGACGUUGUGGAUUGUUCCUGCAAUAAAUCAUUUUUUGCCACAAUUGCACAUACAAUUGGAGCUCUACAUUUAUCUAGGGAGUUAGAAACUGCUUAAAGUGUCCUAGAGACGUAGGAGCGUGAAGGCGAUGUAUACUGGUGACUUACAAAAUCUAUAUAUAUAUAUAUAUUUAUAGAAGAGUUAUUGAAACAGUUUUUCAGUAGACGGUGGCACUCGGCACCUUAAUUUUCCUUGAAAGAUUUGGGAGUUGGUUCUCUUCUUCAUGCAGGAGAAAAAUCAACAAGCUGAUGCCAUCGUUCGGACUGUAAGGGCGUUCUGUUUAUUCCUGUUUAACUUUAUGGGAGUUUUUACCCAAAGGUCUGUGCUUUUUGUAUGUGACCACAGUCUUAUCAGAGUUUUCUUCAGGGUUUUUUUUUUUUUUCUUCCCCAUUUUCUUUAACUUGAACAUUGAGGAUGAGUUCUUGCAACGUGGCCUUUUUACGAGGUGAUGUUUUGAGCCAGCUGUUUGUUUUAAAUGUUUUAGUUGUCUGAUUUUAUUUGACGUUCUCAAAGGAGAAGUUUCCUCCCACUAAAUCACGUUGUCGUCUCCUGCUUUUUCCAUAUUCUGUGUGUUUGUGUGGAGGGGGAAUCUCCAUCAAGAUCCUGAAAUUUAGCAUCUCUCAGAUUUUAAUCAAACCACCCCAGACUUGCAAGGAUUCUACCUCAAGCUGUUCAGACAACAUCAAGUAAUACUAAUGCAAAACUAGAUUUGCUUGGUCUGUUCUGUCAUGCAGAGUUGGCUUGUGUGCAAUGAAGGAUGCAAAGCACUAGUCAGGACCUCCUGUGAUAAUGCAUCUCCCAGAGCUUCUUGGGAAAAGAAAAUCUGUGUUCCUUUGUAGGUUAUUUUAAAAAAACAACAACAACGUUGUGUUGAAAAAGACUUAAAAUGGAAAAAAAAACGUGUCUUUGCUACCUUGUACAAACGACCCCUAAGUUUGUAAAUAGUUGUAUACAUAUUUCUAAACCCGUUUAAUUUUUCUAUGCACUUUUUUUUAUUUAUAAUGUUUUUGCUUAAUAAAGAUGUACAAUGUUUGAACAAA